AUGUUUACACAUAAACCACCAAUAAAUAGUUUCUGGUACUUUGCCAAAAGUGAUAAAGAAUUAGAUUUAAAAACAUUAUUAGAAGAUAGUUUAGGACAAUUAUAUUUAUCAUUGUGUUUUCUUAAUUCAAAUGAAAAUGCUAAAAAAUUAUUUUUACCAGAAGAAACGGAAUAUAAUAAUUUGGAUAAAUCAAUUGAAGAAUUAGAUUCGAAAAAUCAAAUCGUCAAUAAUGAUAAUAAUGAUUUCUCUGGAAAAGAUAAUAUAUCUCCGUCAUCGACGACGGUUCCACCGUGUAAAAGACCUCAACGUUUAGAAGGUUUAGAUAAAUUUCCAGAAGUGAGUCCUAGAAAUCAAGAUUUAUUAAGAUUAAGUUUAAGAUUAAAUGGAAAUCGGCCGAAUACUCCGACUCGAUACGGUAAUUCGAGUUAUUAUUCCGAUGCUGAUAGCGGUAUAGGUACUACAACACCGACAAAAAGAAUAUCCGGCGUUACGAGCAUGAAUCAAAUCCCGUGGGUUAAAAUAAAUCCGGAAGUUUUGGAUAUAUUGAGUACGCCGCACAGCAACAAAAACAAUCUAACCGUGAGAUCAAAUAGAUCUUAUAAUUUCGAAAACGAUUCACCCACGAGAAAAACAUCAAGUUUUAAAUCUAAUAGAUCCCUAGAUAUAGAAACAUUUUUUUUAAAUCGUUCCCCGUUAUCGGAUUAUAGAAAUUUCGAUGUUGCUUCCUUACACUCCUUAUCGAUUCCCAUGGGAUCAUCUGAUGGACGGAAAAUCAUCAAAAGAAGCAUUACAUCUCCGGAAGAUUUACAAAAUUUAAAUAAUAAGUAA